UUAAGUCAGUAACCUAUCCAUAAACACAGUUCGAAAAAUGAAAGGGAACCUCAUUUCUCCAACUUCAGCAUCCAUGGCGGAUCAGGAACCAACCAACCCUUUACCGGAUGUCAAUUUAUUUGAAAAAUACGAUUUGGGCAAGCUGCUGGGCUCUGGAGCCUUCGCCAAGGUAUACCACGCCAGAAAUGUUAGAACCGGUCAGAGCGUUGCCAUUAAAGCCAUCAGCAAGCAGAAGGUCGUGAAGGGAGGCUUCAUGGGACAAGUUAAGAGGGAGAUUUCUAUCAUGCGCCGUUUGCACCAUCCUAACGUCGUCAAGCUGUUGGAGGUUUUGGCUACUAAAACCAAGAUUUACUUCGUCCUGGAAUUCGCCAAAGGUGGUGAGCUCUUCACCAGGGUCGCAAAGGGUCGCUUCAGCGAAGGUCUCAGUCGUCGCUACUUUCAACAGCUUAUCACAGCCGUAGAAUAUUGUCACUCCAGAGGUGUGUUUCAUCGCGACUUGAAACUCGAGAAUCUCCUCCUCGAUGACAAUUGGGACCUCAAAGUUACCGAUUUCGGUCUCAGCGCCGUCAAGGACCAGAUCGAACCCGACGGCUUGCUCCAUACCUUAUGCGGGACUCCAGCUUACGUUGCACCCGAGAUUCUCGGUAAGAAAGGCUAUGAUGGUGCUAAGGUCGACGUUUGGUCAUGUGGCAUCAUCUUAUAUGUUCUCAUAGCUGGUUAUUUACCGUUCAAUGAUACUAACAUCAUGUCUAUGUAUCGGAAGAUUUACAGAGGCCAGUUCAGAUUCCCGAAGUGGACGUCUCCUGAUCUACGCCGUUUUCUGUCUCGGCUCCUGGAUACAAAUCCCAAGACUAGGAUAACAGUUGACGAGAUUAUCCAGGACUCAUGGUUCAAAAAGGAUUACAAAGGGAUGAAGUUUCAGUUGGAGGGCUUUGAUAUGAAGGUGCAAGAAAACGUCCAAAACCAGAAAAGCUUGAACGCUUUUGACAUAAUCUCCUUUUCAUCUGGAUUUGAUUUGUCUUGUUUAUUCAAUGAGUGUGAUGUUUCAGCCUCCAGUGAACGUUUCGUGUCCUGUGAGUCGCCAGCAAAGAUAAUAAAGAGAGUAGAAGAGAUUGCCAGGACUGAGAACAUUAAGUUGAUGAAGAACAAAGGUUGGGGAGCGAAAUUGGAAGGAUGUGAUGGUAGUUUUGCAAUGGCCAUAGAGAUUUACAAGUUAACGGACCAAUUGGUUGUUGUAGAGGUGAAGGGAAAGGAGAUGAAUGCUAUACCAAACCAAGAAAUUUGGAAACACAAACUAAGACCCCAGCUUGAUAGCUUGGUUCACAAACCAGCAACUCCAGCACCCUCCGUCACUGAUUAUCCGAUCAGCAGUUAAAAAUUAGUUUUGAAUGCGUUUACAGUCAUAUACCGGGUUCUCUUCUCUGUAUAUAUAUAUGUAUAUAUAUAUAUUUUUUCAGUUAAAUUAUAUAUAUGAAAUAGUACAGUAAUA